AUGACGACUUUGACGGCUGCAGCUCUGCUGCAUAACACCGCCACUCGUGUGACGCUAGGGAAUACGCCUUUGCACGCUGUGCCGGUGACGGUGGCACAGCAACUAAAGCCCCUGCUGGAAUCCAGCACCUCACUGACUGCCUUCACGGUCCACACACAAUUUACGCCUCCAGAAUCCUUGCGGCUUCUGCUACUUGGAGCUUCGCGUUGCCGCAGUCUGCAGCAUGUGCGACUGGUGGGGGGCAUCAGUGUGCUGCAGUCAAAGAUGUUGAUGUCGGCUUUUAUGCAAUUUACGUUUGCCCGAAGAAACUCGAGGGCGACCUCGGCGGUGAGACCUGUCAAGAGUCCUGCAGAGCGUUGUCCGCGUACACCCUUCUCGAAGCGUCCAUCACCGGCCCCCAAACUCCGCCGCAACGCUGCAGGGUGUGAAGCAGACAUGUCCCGUAACGGAUGCCACCCUGGUGGGUCCAGCAGGCUGCACUUGUAUGCGCGGGCGAACUCGGAGACCUCUAGGUUGCCCUCACCACGGAAGACCUGGUUGAAUGGAGUGCACAUGGUACUAGACAUGCAUCAUCUUGAUGACGUCGUGGCAGGUUUUUUGCUGAAAGGGCUGGAGCGAUCAGAACGCAUCGUCGGUCUUGAUCUCCACAUUGCCCCGACCUCACAGGCCGCCACACGGGCCGCAGGGCGUAUGUUGUCGCAUGCAAAUGCUAUUGUUGCUCGCAAUGCUCGACGAGUGCGUUACUUGCUAUGCCAGAAGCCUCCAGGCGAGGCUGCUCCUGCGCCGCGUGCACAUCAAAAAGAGAAGGUUCAAUUGGUUUCGUAUUCACCACUUUCAGAAGAUGCUCCAAAAGCAGAAUAUCGAGAGGAGGAGAGAGCGGGGGAAGAAAUCAGGAAGAAUGAGGAGUGGAGAGGGGCAAUUGCGGCUGUUCGACAGGAGCUAUCGACGUUCGAUUUGCAUACGCUUCCACCACGACGCUAUUCCCCGCCGCGUCUCUUAUCGGGGGCUCCGCCGGACCCGCCUUUGCGGCCAAUGCAGCCGCGUGUGGUGAAUGCACGCCUCAGACUCUUCGGAAAAGCUGAUGUGGAAACGGAGCACAGGCCACUGCAUGACGAGCGGGGGGGACGGAAGGGGGAGGAGGAGACAGUUCAUGACAAUGGAUGCUUCGUCUGCUUUGGAGAGGUGUCGCAUACGCCAGAACAGGUACAAGCACCAAAUACCCCACGAGAUGCAAGACGUGGGCGUGAGGAGCAGCGAGGAGAUGGAUUGUUUGCAUGCCCGACGCCAGGGGACUUCUUGGAGGCGACACAGGCGAGCCCAUCCUUCUCACGCCACACACCGUGUUCACCGCCUUCCACAAGGAAGCAGUUGACGCAACACAUUCGGUACCUCCACGGGUGCGUGCGAGACAUCAACGGCGUUGUGGUGCGCUACGAGAUGGCGAGUCGGGACUCCAUACAGAGAUUGGUCACCGAUAUGCGUGUGUUGGAGGAACGGUUUACAGAAGGGCUAACUUCCAAGCUAACCGACAUUUUGGUGUCCUUGUCGGAGAUGGAAAAACAGGUGGAGUGA